AUGGGGCGGCAGUCAAUUCGAAUGGCAUCAUUACGUCAUUUAUUGUUUAAGUCAUCUUUGAAUCUAAAGUGUCGUAAACAGAUUUCUGUAUGUCAAAUACGAAGUCUGAAUCUGUUGGAAUAUCAAAGCAAAGUGUUGCUGCAAGACAAUGAUGUGUGUGUGCAGAAGUUUAAGAUUGUUGAAAACCCAGAAGAAGCAAAAUCACUACCUCAAAAUUUUAAGGUUGACGAAUAUGUAGUGAAAGCACAAAUCCUGGCUGGAGGGAGAGGAUUGGGUCAUUUUGACAAUGGCUUUAAAGGUGGUGUUCAUCUAACUAAAAAUCCUUCCGAAGUUACUUCACUUGUGGGGAAGAUGGUGGGGCACAAACUAAUUACAAAACAAACUCCAAAGGAUGGUAUCAUGGUAAAGAAAGUUAUGGUAGCAGAAUCAGUAACUAUCAAAAGAGAAACAUACCUAUGCAUAGUGAUGGACAGAUUACACAAUGGGCCUGUGCUUAUUGCAUCACCCUGUGGAGGAAUGGAUAUUGAGAGUGUGGCUGAGAAAACUCCUCACCUUGUGAAGACAGUGCCAAUCGACAUUUUUGAAGGCAUUUCUGAAGAUCUUGCACAAAACAUAGCAGAUUUUUUGGAAUUUAAAGGCAGUAUGAAAAAUAAGGCUGCUAUUGAAAUACAGAAAUUAUGGAACUUCUUUAUGAAAGUUGAUGCAGUUCAAGUAGAAAUUAAUCCUCUUGUAGAAACAGACAAUGGUGCUGUUGUAUCUGUUGAUGCUAAAAUACAAUUUGAUGACAAUGCAAAAUUCCGUCAGAAGGAAAUUUUUGCUGUGGAAGACCAUUCGGAGAGUGAUCCAAGAGAAGUGGAUGCUGCCCAACACAAUCUAAACUACAUUGGCAUGUCAGGGAAUAUUGGAUGCCUUGUCAACGGUGCUGGCCUUGCAAUGGCAACAAUGGAUAUAAUUAAAUUGCAUGGUGGGGAACCUGCAAAUUUUCUUGAUGUGGGUGGUGGUGUUACUGAGAAACAAGUUUAUGAAGCAUUUCGAAUUUUGACAUCAGAUCAGAAUGUAAAAGCUAUUUUAGUUAAUGUAUUUGGAGGCAUUGUUAAUUGUGCUACUAUAGCAAAUGGUAUUAUCAAUGCUUGUCGAUCUAUUAAAUUGAACAUUCCAUUGGUAGUUCGCCUGGAAGGCACAAAUGUUAAUGAAGCAAAACGAAUACUUGCAGAAUCAGGUCUCCCUAUUAGAUCUGCUAAAGAUUUAGAAGAUGCUGCUUGUAAAGCUGUAGAUAGUUUGCCAAAGUAGCUGGAAGACCAUGACAAUCUGACAUUUGAAAACAGGAAGUAUUGUUUUGGCACAGAAGACUGAUGAGGUCUGACUAGAAUGAUGUGCAUAGUGUAGUCCAGCAAGGUCAAGAGAUCAGAGAGUAGAUGUGCAUCAUGAGAAAUGCUUUCAUGGUUUGAUGAAAACUACAUGAAUUGUUUUUAUUGUAGCUCUGAGCUCUGGUUAACCUCAUUUCUGAGUAAUUGUCUUUCUGUUGGAAGGGUACAAAUGGUUCUUGGCUUCAUUUGAGGUUGGGAAUCUUGGUAUUUAUUUUUGUAUGAUCAGGUCAUUUCAAACUAGAAGUGAAGUGUAAUGUUCUAACUCCCAGUAGACACAUUUAUCAAGAGAGCUCAGUACUGGAAAGAAAUUAUUACAGAGCUUGUUGAAAACUAUUCUCAGGCUCUGGCUACAAAUAGUCUUAUGCAUCAUAGAAAAUUUUAAUGGACUGCAAAUUCAUGAGUUAAAAAGCAAUUCUAUGCGAGUUUUCUCAUUCAUAUUAAUGAUAUUUCCUAAUCUUUCUGGACUAUAUUAUAUUCAUUAGGUAUCGAUUAAUUUGUUAAAGCUUCCAAGAAAGCACAAAUAUUAUAUAGGAUUGGUGAUGUUGAAGGUUUUUGGAGAGAAAAUUAAUUUCCUUUUCAUUCUUUUUCUUCUCUCUGUACAAAAUUUAUUUUAAUUGGUAUAUUUGAACAUGGAAACUAAGAAGACAUCUAGAAAUUAUUAAUUGUACUUAAUUCAACUGUGAUUUUUUCUCUGUACAUAAUUUAUUUGAACUAAUCCAUUUAAGACAUGAAACAUGUCAAACUACCAGAACAUUGCCAAUUUGUGAAUUGUACUUAAUUGAACUGUGAUUUCAACAAGCAACAAAACUGUGAUUUUCACAACCUUGAGGGUGAUUGGAUAUCAAAUCAUUGAAAAAAUAAAUUGUACCAUAAUUGUUUUAUAGUAUUCCCAAAAUAAUAAUGGAUAUUGUAAUAGUGCAACUCUAUAACAAAAGCAGCUUUUAUGUACGUGAUGUACUUAAAUAAUAGUACAUGCUACAUUCAUACCAAGUACUGAGGUCAUAAAACUACAAGUUAUAAAAGGAAUGAGUAAUGCAA